UUAAACUUGAGGUUAGUAUCAUUUUAUUUGCAUUAAAUUAUUUAUGCUUUUUAUACAUAUUUUUUAUUAACAUUGAGCAUGAUAUUUUGCAGACUGCUACUAAAAGAAGCCACAGUCUUAUGUAAAAAGCUUUGUCGUUCAAAUGAUAUUGAUUGUGUACUUAAUAAUACGCAAACUUUAACAUAUCAGAGUAUUGCACUUCCAUCAUUUCCAGUUUUACCAUCUCCAAUCAUUUUGACAACAAUGAGAGCUGUAACUCGAGAUCAUUCAGUGUCUUUUCAAACAAAUUAUGUAAUAUUGGAAGGGAAUGAAGGAAGAAUUUUUGAUGUACUUAAAGGAAAAGGAGUUGGUUCUCUUCGUUUAAUGCAACCACUCAUAGGACCACUAGAACUUAAUUUAAAAUUAGAAAUGUCAAUAAUUCUUUAUUCACAAUCAAGCCAUCGUCCUCCACUUUCAAGACAUCUUGCAUUCAUUAAAAUAGUUGUUUCCGAAUAUGAUUUUUAAGGAUACAAUUUUACAACAAAGUGAUAUUGAUUUUAUUUGUUACAACAUUCCAAUAUUAUUUAGUUUAUA